UUCUGGUGAGUAAAAGCCUGCAAAUGAUAAAUGUUUUUAUUUUAAGGCUAAAAUCGAAUGUUAAAAAAUAUUGUUUGAUUUGGUGGAACAUUAUCAUGAAAUAAAGAACAUUUGGCGCAGAUGAUGCGUUUCUCGUCCCGCAGACUGAAGCCACUCCAGCGCGCCGUGAUCACGCGAGAGCGGCCCCUGACGGCGGCGCUGCGAUGCUGUUGCUGUGGCUUUGAUUGACGGGAAACAUGUCGGUGUGGUGGGAGCGAACCGGGAUGCAGCUGCUGCCAAGGGAGACAGGGAGUACCUGCAUCCAAUCCGCACAUCAGCACCUUUAAAACCGCCAGGUUCCGCCCGAUCCGGCCGUUUAGGAUGCGCUGAGCAGCGAUUUUGCUUCCCUUUCCCCCCCUUUUUCUUUUUUCUUCUUUUUCCCCCCUCCUCAGCAUCCAUUAGAUAGGAAAGGACACCCGAUGGAUGAUGUAGCAGAGCGCGCAGCCCCGCUCCGCAUCCUCGCAUUGUGUUUGGUCUAGUUUCCAUCCAGAGACACCUUGAUGAUCCAGCUGGAGCUGCGAGGACUGUUGUUGCAAUGGAGGCGACCCUCUCACGGCUCAUAGUGUCUAAGCCUGCAGCAUCUCUUUUCACGGCGUUGUGCAGAUUGCUCUUUUCCACGUCCCUCUCUUGAAUUAUACUCUCUUAUUUUUUAUUUUUUGUUACUCCACUAUUUUCGUUUUUGUCUUGGAAAUACAAAGGGAAAAAUACCAUCCAGCGCGCGCUAAACUAUGAACGAGGAGAUGACAAAAAGCGAGGAGCAGCAUCUUAGUUUGCAGAAAGCCUUGCAGCAGUGCGAGUUGGUGCAGAACAUGAUAGACAUAAGCAUUUCUAGUUUGGAGGGUUUACGGACCAAAUGUGCCACAUCCAACGACUUGACACAAAAAGAGAUCCGAACGCUGGAGGGGAAGUUGGUGAAGUACUUCAGCCGCCAGCUGUCCUGCAAGUGCAAAGUGGCCUUAGAGGAGCGCAGCGCCGAGCUGGAGGACUUCCCUCGCCUUGAGCUCUGGUUCCGCAUCGUCAACCUGAGGAAGGAGGUCAUAGAGGACAUGGGUCCGGGUGAGGUGACUCUGGAGGGCCUGCUGGACAUGAGCGAGGAGCAGGUGUGUCAGCUGCUGCAGAAGUUCGGCGCCAGCGAAGAGGAGUGUGCGCGGCUCAACGCCUCGCUGUCCUGCCUCAGAAAGGCCCAGCAGCUCGAGCAACUUGAGGAGGAUAAAUUGCACAGUAAUGGAGGGAGCCAGGCCAAACAGGACUGGUCCAUCCAGUGGCCGACCUCCGAAUCUGGCAAAGAAAACACUCCGGUGUGCCAGCCAGAAGCCAGUCAGUGGAUCCGGUUCCAGCUCUCCCAAAGCCCCAAAGUCCAAUCCAAGUACAACCAGCACACGUGUCAGAGCCCGCAGGCCCUGGCCACCACUUUGUAUGCCGAUCGACUGACCGUGGACAGCCCGGGCUCGGGGCUCUUUCCUCUCCUGGACUCUGGUCAUCGCUCGCUCCCCCCGUCGCCCCGUCAAAGGCAUUUUGGCCACACGCCUCCUCGGACUCCUUUGGUGGUCAACACCAUGACUCCGCCCGGCACUCCCCCCAUGCGGCGGAGGAACAAAGUAAAGGCUCCAGGGACACCGCCCCCGCCGAGCCGAAAGCUCAUCCACCUGUUGCCCGGCUUCACGGCGUUGCACCGCAGCAAGUCCCACGAGUUUCAGCUGGGGAACCGAUUGGACGACACACAGACACCAAAAGCCAAGAAGAAGACGAAGCCCUUGAACCUUAAGAUCCACAGCAGCGUGGGCAGCUGUGAGAAUCUGCCCACGCAGCGCUCGCCCCUCCACACCGAACGCUCUCUGAGAUCCUUCUUCUUCCCCUCGUUCAUCCCUUCCACGCCUCCCGUCCACGCUGAAACACCCUCUGCAAACACUCUUUCAGUGCCUCGCUGGUCCCCACAGAUCCCUCGAAGAGAUCUGGGAAACUCAAUAAAACACAGGUUUUCCACAAAGUACUGGAUGUCGCAGACAUGCAUAGUAUGUGGAAAGGGAAUGUUGUUUGGACUAAAGUGUAAAAAUUGCAAGCUGAAGUGCCACAACAAAUGCACCAAAGAAGCCCCGCCUUGCCAUUUACUGAUCAUACAGCGAGGUGGAAGAGAAUCCUUCAAAGAUCAACAAGGAAUGACUCAAGUAGCUCGUCUGGUACGGACUGAAUCAGUGCCAUGUGAUAUCAACAACCCGCUCAGGUACACAGACCUGCACAUCAGUCAGACGCUCCCCAAAACCAACAAAAUCAACAAGGAUCACAUCCCAGUUCCAUACCAGCCAGACUCCAGCAGUAAUCCAUCAUCCACCACCUCAUCCACUCCGUCCUCUCCGGCUCCGCCUCUACCCAGCAGCGCCACGCCCCCGUCGCCGCUGCAUCCGUCCCCACAGUCGGCACGACAACAGAAACAGUUCAACCUAACAGCAUCCAGUUAUUUCAAAUACAAGCAACAGUUCAUCUUCCCAGAUGUUACUCCAGAGGCACCUCCCAGCAGAGCCCCCCAGGUCAUCUUGCAUCCCGUCCUCUCUGAACCGGGCAACGAGGGAAACCAUUUACUUCAGAUCGAAGUUGAACCGACAUCAGACAAUGAGGACGGCAACAUGGAGGACUCCGGCGAUGAGUUUGAGGAGAUGAACCUGUCUCUGCUGUCGGCCCGUAACUUCCCGCGUAAGGCCAGCCAGACCAGCAUCUUCCUGCAGGAGUGGGACAUCCCCUUCGAGCAGCUGGAGAUCGGGGAGAUGAUCGGCAAAGGCCGCUUCGGGAGAGUCUACCACGGACGGUGGCACGGAGAGGUCGCCAUCCGCCUGAUCGACAUCGAGCGGGACAACGAGGACCAGCUGAAGGCCUUCAAGCGCGAGGUCAUGGCCUACCGCAACACGCGCCACGAGAACGUGGUGCUCUUCAUGGGGGCGUGCAUGAGCCCGCCCCAUCUGGCCAUAAUCACCAGUUUAUGUAAAGGCCGGACGCUCUACUCGGUGGUGCGGGAUGCCAAGGUGGUCCUGGACGUUAACAAGACCCGACAGAUCGCACAAGAGAUGGUCAAGGGGAUGGGCUACCUUCACGCAAAAGGCAUCCUGCACAAAGACAUGAAGUCCAAGAAUGUGUUUUAUGACAACGGCAAAGUGGUCAUCACCGAUUUUGGACUCUUCACCAUAUCAGGUGUUCUGCAGGCUGGCAGCCGGAGAGAAGACAAACUGAGGAUCCCCAGCGGAUGGCUGUGUCACCUGGCUCCAGAAAUCAUCCAGCAGCUCUCGCCGGACACGGAGGAGGACAAGCUGCCUUUCUCCAAGCAGUCAGACGUCUUUGCUUUCGGCACCAUCUGGUACGAGUUACACGCACGUGAGUGGCCUUACAAGAGUCAGCCAGCAGAGGUGAUCAUAUGGCAGAUUGGCAGUGGGAUGAAACCCAACCUGGCCCAAACUGGCAUGGGGAAGGAGAUACUGGACAUCCUACUCCUGUGCUGGGCGUUCAAGCAGGAGGAGCGGCCCAGCUUCUCCAAGCUGGUAGAUUUAUUGGAAAAGUUGCCAAAAAGGAACCGCCGCCUUUCCCACCCAGGGCACUUCUGGAAGUCAGCUGAGUAUGUCAAAUGAGUUCCAGACAUAAACGGCAGCUCCACAUAAAUACGCCUCCACUUUAAGAGAAUGAAUGCACUGAAUCCAGAUUCAAAACUCUGUCUGUUCAUGGAUCGAUGGCGAGCGCGUGUACAGACAAAGCUGACCGUCCAAAGCAAUCGGGACUCACCUUCUCUUUGGUUUGAUUUUACCCAUACUGGAUAUUUUACUUUUCUUCUCCUCAUUAUAUUUGAUUUGUUUCUUGGACUUUUCUUGCUUGUAAAUUUCAUCAUCCUGGUGAACAAAACUAGAACAAAUGUAGAUUUUUUUUUUUCCAUGUCUUGUUUUGAACCAUUGAAUGUAACUGCUGUACAUCACAUAUGUGUGUUUUUCAUACUGUCCUGCCAUGUCACCGUGUUGAUCCUUGUGCCUCAUGUGUUUGGCUUCAUUUCCUUGGUUUUUGAGCACUGAACCGUUCGAAUGUGAAGAAGUCGCUUUAUUCUGAUCGUCCCGAGCUCCGGACACAAAUGUUUGAACACCUGGUUUGAGCCGUCAGACCGGGACUUCGCUUCUCGACACUUGAAAUGUAUCUCAGCUUCAGCAGAACCUCUGAGCCCCUUCCUACAGAACCGAAUUAUUCUCACAGGUAAUUAAAUGUAAACACUUGCUGCCACGUUGUCGAUACGUCAAUUAAACCUCAUCGUCAUGGAAACUUUGCAAACGGCGUCGCCGUCGAGUGCUGGAGUCAAUCCGGAGAUGAACUCUUCUAAUGCAGCGUUGCACAAUUUGAAUAUUUAUUCACACAAUAAUAUUCUUGUAGAUUUCAUAACGAUUGUAACGUUUUCGGGAAAGAUAAAUAUUAUAAAAAUCAUUUUCAGCAAGAAAAAAAUUAUUACAUUAGAGGGGAUUCGUGGAAAAUGUUUUUUUACACCAGUUCUGCAGCUUUGCAUGCUGUGCAGAAGUAAAAAAAACAUAACUAUAAUUUAUUUUUUUUUUCCAAAACUUGCUCUUUGUGGUUGAUGGAAAUGAGUCAUGAAAACAAAUAAAACGACAAGCACAGUCAUACUUCUUCAUUUGAAAAAUGAAAAGUUAUCUUCUAUUUUUUCAUUAAAUAAAUCCACAGUAAUUAAAAAUUGAUGUUGAGGAUUAAACGAUUAUGUUCAAUUUUGACAGCUAGUAUUUAUGAUUUUUUUCCCUACUUUUUUCUAAAUCAAUACGCAACAAAGCUGAUUUGAUGCAUUUGAUGUUUGAACAUUAUCAUCUUUUUUGAAAAAGUCAAAGACGUCAAAACGUUUUUAUGCUAUAAAUGAUGUUUUAGUGCGACAGAUCAGAUUUCAAAUCAAAUCUAUUCCUACUUAAAUCAUAAAUACCUGUAUAUAUAUAUAUAUAUUUAAAUCUAAAAUGUGAAACCAUUUAACAAAAUAUUGUUAUAUCUAAUCAAACCCUUGGAGGCCCACUCACACCAGAUAAUCCAUAUUGAACAAAAGCAGUUUUGUUGGUUUUAUCCGUGUCAUCCAAAAAAAAAAGGUUUAGAAUAAUACAUUUGUUACUAGACUGUAUAUAUUUUUUUCUUUUAGUGUAUUAUUAGACUUCAAUGGGGAAUUCUUCUCUUCUGAAACAGCUUCUGGUGGUCUUUAAAUGAAAUGGCCCACAUUGAACAUGAGGUUAGGGUGGGCAUCACCUCCCAUUCUGCCAGGGGCCCUAUCAACUCUAUUUAUUGAUUUACUAUCAACCAAAAAAAGGAAAGAAACAAGGCACGGUUGAAGCUAAAAUUUGAUGUUUGUAUUUUCCACAAUACAUAGCUGUGUUUCCAUUGUAUUUAUGCGCAAAACUUUAUUGCAGUUCUAAAAAAUGUUGAAAAAAACACACAUUUUCAAUGACACAGUUUCCAUUAAUUCAUGAUUAUGGGAAUAAAUACAAACCAACUCAUGCAAUGAGACAUUAAAACACGGCGAUGGAUGAGACCAAGUAUUUUUUUUUAUUUUUUUAUUUGGGUGACGUCACAGCAGUGUAGUGGCCGCCCCUCAGCUAGUCCAUUGCGAGUAGAAGAUAAGGAGCCUGUUUGGCGGGAUUUAAAAAAAUAACCAUUCUAACAAGUUAGCAGCUGGACCUUUUUUUCUGUUUGAAAACACGACAGAAUCCAUUCAAGUUUCUAUCACGGCUCUAGCGCUCAUCCUCAUCUGUCAAAGGAGAGGAAGCGAUUGAAGAAGUGAUGAGGAAAUCUUGGUUGGUGAUUGUACGGAGGACGAUUCUGUAUGACACACAAUUUCUAAUGAUGUGAUUGUGCUUGACCUCUUGUGGCGCCCGCUGUGCAGCGCUAAGGGCAGAAAUGUCCCACCAAGAUGCACAUUUAAUUUGAAAAAAGUGUUUCCGUUGCAGUUUUGCGAAAAAUGUCCUUUUCUAUACGCUACAAUAACCACCAUCUCCAAAGUUUUUUUUCAAAAUUGUGGGGUUUCCAUUAGGCCAACCUAUUAUUGAAAAUUACAUUUUUCUAAUUUCAUAGUUAUUGGAUCUGCUUUGUAGAAGACAAUGUUUGCAGUUUGGUUUGUGUUUGGGUUUCACACCAAGAAGUGACUUCAUGGGAGAGAUUACACCAGAUUCACACCCAAACUCCAGGGUUGACGUUCUUUGAAUGAUGUUAACUCUACAAUCAUUUAUGUGAUGAAUGUAAUUCCAAUGGAUUCUGAAGCAGAGAAAAGCUGCUUUGUGCUGAUAUUCAACGCUACAGCAGUCAACACAAACCAGCUGAUUCUGAUGUAAAUUUGUGGGAAUUACGUUAAUUGUAUAAACAAUUAAGGAUUUAGGAGCUUGAAGGGCGUGUACUGUUUCCUGUUGCUGGCGACAUCUUUGGUGUUGAACCUUUUACACUUUGAUCGUUUGUGCAAUCAACCGAUUUUGAAGCAGAUAAAAGCGGCUCUUCAUGUUGGCUUUACUGCUGUUCUCUGCAUCAGAAUUGUCUGAUUUAGGGUGAUUGUGUAAUCACUCUACUAAAGAGUUAAUUGUCAGUACUAGCUUUUGAAGUUGAAGAGUUUCUGUAAUUCAAAGAAUGGGAACCUAAAGAAGAGUCAAAGAGCUGUAAACCCCACCCCCCGUGGUUUUACCCAAUGAUGCCUGAGUAUGUCGGCCAAUUACAGGAGCCGAGCCAACCGUAUCGUCCAAUCAAACCUUCUUUACGGUUUGGAUUAUUUGGUGUGAUACUUCCGAUCAGUUUUAUACAUUUUUUCCCACAUUUGACAAAAAGAUGUAAGCGAUUUUACAGCAAAUGUCCACUUUUGAAAAGUUUUUGAGUAUUUAAUACAAUCUAAAGCACUUUAAGCAAUAUGUUUCACAUUUUAACAAUGUCCAAUAAAAAUAGAAAAAUUAUGUUUUGUCAUACUCGUCCUCUAGAGCAGAGGUGUCAAACUCAGUCGCACAUGAGCCAAAAUCCAAAACACAACUUGGA